AUGGAAGGAACCUCAGCUGAUCCAGGUACCAACAGUGGGGGGACCAACAGUGGGCCUGCAGUGCCUGAAAGAGAUCCUAUCAUGGAUCAACUUGAUAAUCAUCCAGAGGAAGAGCCUGGACUUAAUUUCGAGCAAGCUGUUGCUAUUCAGAUUGCCAAGGAGAGGGAAGCCAAGCGUCAACAACAACAGCGCAAAACUGAAGCUGAGGAAAUGCGUGCCCGAAAAGAGCCCACAGAUAGUCUCAAGCUUGUAGGCCUGACCUCUGCUGUUCAAGAGUGGGCUAGGGCUUUACUUGGUCUUCCUCGUCAAUCCAGCACCCGGUCAUCUCCCAACAUUUCAGCUGCUGUCCUCCUUGCACGCCACCUUCCUGACGAACCAACUCCUGAAGAGGUUGAACAGUGGGCCAACUAUUCUGACACAAGGACGAAAUAUCUAGAUGUCAACAUUCAACAAAAGAUGGACGAGCGCUUCAAAAAUAACCCCUCAGCAAAUGAAUCUGUCAAGCAUCAAAUGAGGAUGAUCGUGUCAAAAGAAGCUGUUCUCAUGUUUAACCAAGCUUUUCCCCCUCCUAAAUUUAUCUCCCGAGUAGCCCAUGCUACGGCGUCGAUUACCACCUACGAUGCCACUCGCUUAGGAUGUGCUGAAGCUAAAUUUGCUGGCUGUGGCUUCUCUCGCAUCACUUUCCAAUGGACGACUCCUCCUAAAACUCCUUGGAACAUGGCUAUGUUAGACAACUUAAUUACUAGCUGGUUAGAUUGUUACAAUGCUCAAGGUGUACCUUCUGGAUUCCCAAUCGACAGCAGCCUUAAUAUUCCCCUCGAAACUAGCGAAAUACUUUCACGCUGGGUCUCAAAUAAGCGCAGAGUCUUCCGAGAUGAGGCAAAGGAAAGGAAGUUGGUGUCUACAGAAGGAGGAAGUGACAAGCUUGUCCGCCAAAAACUUACGGAGAGGGAGAAAACCGCUUUGAAAGCCAUUAGGAAGAAGCUUUGUGAAAAACGGGCUGCAGCAGUAGAGCCCUACUUUCGUCACUUCACAGGUCCACUCAAAGUCCUGCUAAACUCUCAAGAGGUUCAUUCUGAGACUGAAAUGGACCCAGAGAAGCCUGGGAAGUUCAGGAAGGUCAAGCUCAACUGGCGGACCCCCCAGCUUGAUGAAUUGAUCAAACUGGCUGAUGAUGCAGCUCCCAAAAGGGAGAGCACCAAAAAACAAAAGGAUCGACUGAAAGAAUUUUUCCAGUCCAGAGGAGAAUAUUCGCCAAAUGUUCCUGAUCCAGAAGAUCAACUUCCUCCCAAGACUCUUCCCAGAUGCCUCAUCAAGCCAGAAAUACUCACUGAAGGAAUAGAUGAGAUUACAAUUGACAGUUUGGAGUUGUCAGACACCACAAUUUCACAAUCUGUGACAGCCAUACAUGAGACUUUACCUUUUAAGGGGUUACUUUGUGGAGAAUCCACGUCCACAUCACAAAACUCUGCCCCAGCUUGGCCCAAUGGUGCUGCACCAAAAGGUCGCAAGGCCAAAAACCGCUCAUUCGCCAAGAUACUUCCAAAGUCAAAUUCCCCCACCUGUAAAUCUUUUGCCGAGUUCACACGUUACCUGCUUGGCCACACGAGGAAUCACCCACAUUUCCCCAACCCGCCAACUGAUGAUCAGCUGAUGUCACUCACACCUCUAACAAAGGAAGACAUCCUGACUGACAACUCAGUCUUCAUUAACUACAGCUCCAACAAUCACCCAAAUCCAUUGGACUGGAGUGUUUUCAAGGAUCUUCUGGCCACUGAUAUGGCCAACAAACAAAUCCAAGGACCUUUUACUUUUGAUUGGGAAGCUCAGGGAGGUGAAGACGCUGCAUGGAAUCAAGUGAUGAUUUUUUUCACCGUGAAGCAUUGGAUGUUUGCCAGGAGGGCAUCUGCUUUUCAAAAGUUUGGACUGGAUGUCGAAUGGGAGAAGGAAGUUAUCUAUAUUGGUAUUGUUACUCGAUGGGUCAUUGGGCGAAUUGAAGACUGGAAGAAUGAGUUUGCCUCUCCGGAAAAGAUUGCACAGCGGGAGCGCAGUAGGAAGCGACAAGAUCUCUUUAUAUACCGUAAAUCCACUGUCAAACAAUUCCUCAAAGACUUUAUAGAUCUCCUGCCAGAAGCAGCAUGUUGCUCUGAUACUGAGGAUGAUUCUCUUGGUCAACAGCGCUCAAUUCAGCCUGAAUGGCGCAGUGCCAAGUAUGGAGAGUGGCUUCAUAAGAUAGAUGUACUUUCAUACAAUCAUCAAGCCACCGUGAAGUUGAGGACUGAAGCAGCUAGGCGAUUUGAUACUCGACGUGAAGCCGGCAACAAGAUCAAUCCUUUGGCCAAAGUAUGUGGUAAUCUUCCAGCGAACUGCUAUGAUGGUGGGUUCUUGAGGGAAUGUGGUGACCUGGAAAAAUUGAGAUUGGGGGUUACAAACAACACUUCACAUCUUGAUGAUGCACUGCAGGCUAUUGCUAGAUUGUUGUGA